AUGACUGCAAAUCAGACGAUCCUUGAGGAGAGGACUCAUGCCCACUUCAAGCACAGAAGAAGACAGCAAGAGCUAAUUUGGGUUUGUUUCUCCUCAGCGGUUGACUGUGGUUCACCACCAGGUUUUGUGAACACAGUGACCUAUCCACCAGUCAACACAACGUAUGGUAAUACAGUUGUGUACCAGUGCCAGGUUGGCUAUGUCCAUGUCAGGGGAAAUGACACAUCAGUCUGUUCUGCCCAGGGACAAUGGGAAGGAGCAAACCUGGAAUGUGAAGCUGUUGACUGUGGAUCACCACCAGCUUUACUGAAUGCACUGUCCUAUCCAAAAAUUAACACAACCUAUGGAAGUACAGUUUUGUACCAGUGCCAGGUUGGCUAUGUCCCUGUGAGAGGAAAUGACUCAUUAGUCUGCUCUGCCCAGGGGCAGUGGGAAGGAGCAAACCUGGAAUGUGAAGUUGUAGAUUGUGGGAUCCCAAUUCACGUACCAAAUGCACAGCCACCAUUAGUCGGAGGGACCGUGUAUAGAAACCGAGUCCAGUAUGUUUGCAAGACUGGUUAUGUAAGUGAAGGAGGAAAUGGCACAUUGGUGUGUUCUGCCCAAGGACAGUGGGAAGGAGCUAAUUUCACUUGUACAGAUAUUGACUGUGGGAGCCCACCAGUUGUACCACAUGCAGAUCUGCUCCAGUACCAUAAUACAAGACGAGGGAACAUUGUUCAUUAUAGGUGCAGGGAUGGAUUUUAUACUUUGUCAGGAAGGAAUACAUCUGUCUGCACAGAAAGAGGACAAUGGGAAGAUGUAACAUUGCUGUGUAAAGUUAAUGAUUUUAUUCUGUUUAAUGAAUCCUGCAUGAAGUGGAAGAGGGAUGGCAUUGGAUCCAGAUCUGAGGACAUAUAUUUAUUUCAGAUACAAGGAUUUAGAUCCUACCAAAGAGAAUUCUUUUAUGAGAAGUCAUUUAAUUAUAGCACAGCAGAUAACACUCCAGUUGUGUGUUUGGACCUGCAAGCAGGCACUAACUAUACAGUGAAUAUCACUGCUCUUACACUGCAACAUUCUGCUUCCAUACAAUUAUCAACAGCAGUAACUGACCCUCCAGUGCCUGAUGUGCAAGUUAUGAUCGCAAAGCAAACCCUUCCACCAAUCCGCCUCCGAAGCGUGGAAAGUAGAAAUGGACCGAUCAGCUUUUACCAGGUCGUUGUUCUGCCCUUGCAUUUGCAGCACUCGUUCGAUUGCAAUUCUCAGACCGUGAGAAACUUCUUUGGCCACAGAAGGGGCAGAGAACCAUACAUCACAGCAGAAUUUGUGGCAACAGAUGUUGAGGAUGGGAUGCACUUUUCUGUGGGAGACCGACUGUACUACAGACAGUAUUAUAAUGCAGCUUUAGAAAAUGGCAAGAACUACUCCUUUCUGCUGAAAACAAUUAGUGAAUGGAAUUACGUGAAGAAACAGUCGUGUGUGACUUUGGCACAGUUAAAAGAUAAACAAAGGACGAUCUGCUGUUCCACUGUCUGUUCAGUGAAUUUCAACCAUUCCAGAGGUGUUUGAAAGUAUAAGAGCAAAACAAAAAAUGGCCAGACUAUCGAACCGUGAAAUAUACUUGGGCCUUACUCCAGAAAACUUCAAAUAUUGUUAGUUCCUUCCACUGUUGGACAAACCGUGAUUGUGAACCUCUUAUUUAUUUGUAUAGUAUGAAAAGCUGCUUCUAACCAAAAUAAAAUUAAUUCUAGUGACUUGA